AUGGCCGGAUCAUGUGUCCAGGUUGGGAAGCUGACUACGGAAACGGGCGGGCAGGCUGGGGUGCAGAGCUGGCGCCGGGAGAUCAAGGCAAGGGGUCUGGCCAUCCACGGGCAUUCACCGAAGGCGCAGUUCGCCGUGGUCCAUGGCGUGAACGGGGUCGAUGGUGAUCGGCAGAGGAUGAGUGCUGGGUUUCAGGGUCUUUCUCAGGGUGUGAGGGUCUCUCUCAGGGUCUCUCCCAGGGUCUCUAUUCAUUCUAGGGAUGCUCGGGUCUAGGUCUAGGUUCUAGAACACGAUGAUGUUCCGCAGAGGCCAGAUCUGCCCGAGGAACAAAUUCACAAGUCACCGAGCACGCUGACGAUCCACUCGUCGUGGUCAUCGUCGUCGCCACCAUCUUGUGGAGCAGCAUUCUUGUUCACCAGCCGGAAAUGGGAGGCGGCAAGGGAGUCCUCCUUGGGAAAAUCCACAAACCCGAAACCACACCGAGCCUUCGAGACCUGCCCGAACGAGUGCUCACUGCAGAAGGAGAAGAAGCCAGACGGAUCCCUCGCCGUAGCGUAGAAGAGCGAGGCAGACAGACGGAAGGGACAGAUCCUCGUUCGCCCUGCAGGCACCGGCGCCGGCUGCGUCCUAUCGCCGAUACUUCGUGUCCAAGAAUGAAAAAGAGAGAGAAAAAAAAAAAAAAAACUUC